ACCUCGCGGGACUUCGUGUGCGAGGUCUAAAAUACCGAUCGUGUAAAAAAAGCGCACGUUUUACUAUGUCUUCUACGAGGUGGAGUGGCAAACUUAAGAAUCGAUGUAAAUCAAUUAUAUUGUUGGUGUGAUCACAAGUUGCAGUAUCUACAUAGCUGUUCUUGUUUUUAUAAUUCUAGUAUGUGUACGGUAGAUGGCUAGAAAGUAGUUUUACUCCAUGAGCAACAGUACCUGUCAAGAGAAGUUAUAUCUUUUUAUGAUUUUGAUUUGUUAUAGUUGAUUAUUGUAAUCUACAUUUGCGACAUCAUUAUUGGCGAUUAUAAUUUCCAACAUAAGUAUUGCACAACACUAUCAUUAGUAGUGACAUUAAGGAAGAUGAAAAGAAAGUAAAAAAUGGUUAAAGUUUAUAUAGAAGGUUGAACACAUUGACAGCUUUAAUAUGAGCUAUUCACACUUGUAACUUUUAUUCCGUUUAUUUUAAUAUCUCUAAAGUACAAAUGAAUAUAUGUUUUUGAUAAAAAGAAGUGAAAUUAUCAUUUAUAUUAGUAACUAAUCUUCAGUCAUGAUCAAAGCUAUUCUAGUAUUCAAUAACCAUGGAAAACCUAGACUCUCCAAAUUUUAUCAGUACUUUAAUGAGGACAUGCAACAACAAAUUAUAAAAGAGACAUUUCAAUUAGUUUCAAAAAGAGAUGAUAAUGUCUGCAACUUCCUGGAAGGUGGAAGUUUAAUCGGUGGAUCUGAUUACAAACUAAUCUAUCGCCAUUAUGCAACAUUAUAUUUUGUAUUUUGUGUUGAUAGUUCAGAAUCAGAGUUGGGAAUUUUAGAUUUGAUACAAGUUUUUGUGGAAACGUUAGACAAAUGUUUUGAGAAUGUAUGCGAGCUGGAUCUAAUUUUUCAUGUAGAUAAAGUUCAUUACAUACUAAACGAACUGGUGAUGGGUGGAAUGGUUUUAGAAACUAAUAUGACUGAGAUACUUUCAAGGAUUGAUGAUCAAAACAAAUUGGAAAAACAAGAGGCAGGAAUCACAGCAGCGCCGGCGCGUGCUGUUUCUGCUGUCAAGAAUAUGAACAUACCGCAACAGAUAAAGGAUAUGAAGUUGCCUGACUUGCCCCAGGCUAUAAAAGAUCUCAAAUUCUGACCAGCCGUUACUUCGUUGGCCCCGAGCUGACUGGUUUCCUCUACAGUUUCGAGUGCAAGCAAUACCACAACAAGGGUUUUUUUUCCUUCCCUACAAUUGAAUGAAAAUGCACCAAUACUGCCUACGAAUUCUCCAUAUGUUUCUUCUCAACAGUACCAGAAUUAAAAAGUGAAGAUUGUUUUGUCUGUGAAGGUUCUUAGAAAUCAUUUCAUGACAGUGAAGAGGAUAUUUCUUAUGAAAUUUUAGAAAAUACUCAUACCUGACUUUAAUACAGAAGAGUUGGAGUA